UGGUGGUUGAGUCACAUGACACGACUCCCAGCAGCUGGGUAAACAUGGCGUCAGUCUCACGGUGUAAUCAUGAUGAUGUCGUUCUUGCCUGCUAGCAGCGUGAUCGCUGGACGCAUCUGCAGAGCAAACACGCCAACGUGAUGGAAAUGAAGACAUGAAGAAAAGACGGAGAGAGUCGCGGAAUUUCAUUGUGCCGAUGCGUGACUUUGCUUGAACGAUCUGAUGAUAGCCGGAUGCACGGAUUGCUGCUUUUGUUCGUUGGACGCUGACCUGUGUGCAUGAGAAGUAUUAACAUCGAGCAUCAUAUCUUCUGGACUGAAACCUCGAUGGAAAAAUUGGACCCUGGGACACAAACUCCACAUCAUGUUUUUUGGCGGAGCUCCAGUGCAUGGACGAUGAGAGCACGGUGAUCAGGUGUGACUUGUCUAUCUUGCAUUUGAGUGGUGCUCCCUGGCUGCUUCUUCAUAAUUGAUAGAUGAGCUGCACAGAGUGGUGUCUCUCAUGUCUUGUUCAACAACAGCACUAUGAUAGGCUCACCUGACGUGGUGGCUUUCACAAAAGAGGAUGAUGAUGAUGGUCAGUCCACUCCUGACCCAUGGGCUAUUCCAGAAGAGUUCUCCAUUCCCCUCCACCCUCUGGCUGACUCCAACCCUUGGGCCAAAACCUCGUACGCUAAGUUCACAAAAGACUUCAUCCUCAUUUCGGAGUUCUCCGAGCAAGUGGGUCCUCAGCCUCUCCUCACCAUUCCUGAUGACCCCAAAGUCUGUGGCACUUUUGAUCUCAACUACUUCUCCCUACGCAUCAUGUCAGUGGACUACCAGGCCUCCUUCGUGGGGCAUCCCCCAGGCAGCGGAUACCCUCGGCUCAGUUUUGUGGAGGACUCCAGGGUUGUCCUGGGUGACUCUAAAGAGGGCGCCUUUGCCUAUGUCCAUCACCUUACACUGUACGACCUGGAGGCCAGGGGCUUUGUGCGUCCCUUCUGCAUGGCGUAUGUUUCAGCGGAUGAGAGGAAGAUCAUGUUGCAGUUUCAGGAGAUGUCCGGCCGCUUCUCCAAGGCCUCGGAGUGCCUGAAGGCCGGCAACCGCAGAGCUUUCGCCAAAGAACUCCAGAGGAAGCUUCGAGACCUAGAGUACACUCGCUCUGUUCUACAGCGGGAGGAGGGCCUGCAGAGAGAGGCGGGGCCUCACUGCAUGUACUCGCCUCAUGCCGUGGAGAAGGCCAACGAGCUCGCCAACGUGGAGAAGAGCAUUUAUGAACACAGAGACCUUCUGAGACAGAUCAGCUCGUACCAUCAUCGUCCCCGCCGAGACCCUCAGGCCGUUACGUGUCACAAGUGUAGGAGCGAGUGCGAAGAGCUCUUCGGCAAGUACGCCGAGCUAGCUCUGCCUUCGACCUGCGCUGACGCAGGGGAGGAACAAAAUGGUCACGCGGCCCAAGUGCACGUUGGCGAGGAAGACGACGAGCGUGUUGCACGCAGGCCGUCUUACACGCCGCAGCUGAUCAAAGCGAAGUCGGCCAAAUGUUUCGACAAGCGCCUCAAGACCCUCCAAGAGCUGUGCGAUGACACCUUCUACCAGGCCACCGUGGAGCUCCUGAAGGAGACGGAAAGGAGUUUCCGAGGCGACCUGUGCUACCUGCACACACGUCGCUUGGACCUAGCCCUCCGCAGAAAGCAGAGAAUUAUGAACUUUCUGUUUGAGGAGGACCUCUGUGAAGACGACUACGAUGACCUGGAUGGAAGGGCGACAUUACGACCAUUUUGUGCUGUGAAUCAUGCUGUAGACAACUCCAAACUCAUCAAUCCAGUCGUGCUUGGACCGGAACCUCCCAAGCUUUUGGAACUUGCCUCUGAGACUAGCCGUACUGGAGACUUCAAGCUUGAAGACGACCAUCUCAAGACUUCCUGUUUCGACCAGGAAUCGGAGACCCAGAAGUGCGCUGAGAAACCUACCGGAAACCGUGGCAACCAGGCAAGCCUGAAGCCAGAAGUUCUGGAUCCUGAGUCCGACUCGACCCCAGACUGUGACCAUAAAACCGAUCUGGAUGAUGAUGCUACUGAUGAAGACGGGGAACCCAAGGUUUUGUUGGAGGAACCAAUAAGGAAGGAAGGAUGCGAGAAGGACUCUACUUUUGUUCCGAUGGAUGCCGCAUGCUGUAUGACUCACGAAGGUUUUCUGGAUAAUCCGCCUGAUGCGGUGCCUCGUCUCACCGCCCACCUGCAGAAUGCUCAAGUCCUGGUGGUCAACCAGGAGCCCCAGGCCUUACUUCCACUCCAGGAUGACUAUGCUGUAGGAUCACCAUGCUCAGAAAAGCUCACAGCCGGACUCCUGGGAGAUGCCGUGUCCCGUACAUCGGCCGAGGACAACUCGGAUUGUACCACGUGUACAUCCACCGGUUCCGAUUGGACCGCUUCUCCUGUCGGCAAUGGGGGGAUGCUGACCUUGCGUCAGAAGAAGAAGGCCGGACAAGGGGCCUUGAGGUUUGUGCGACAGUACCCCUUUGCUAUACAGGCUCUGUGGUCUUUGCUGAGCGGCAGGACGCUGGUGGUGCUCGGCGCCGACGAGGCCAGAGUUCGUCGGCUGGUUUCUGCUCUAGCCCUCUUUGUACCUGCACCAGGGAGGGGUGGAGAGCGAGUCCAGGCGUGGCUGGCCUGCCCUUUCAGCCUUACGGACCUGCACAGAUGGAAACUUAUUGGAUUGCAAAGAGUGGCAUCUCCUGCCGGUUCCAGCACGCUGUACUCAUUGUCCCGCUACAGUCGCUAUAUCUCCAUCUUGGACGCCGACCAGAAGACCUUACGCUGUCCACCUUAUCAUGGCCAACUGCUAGCCAACAUGGCUGACCACCGCACCUACGUCCGGCGCGGCUCCACCUACUUCCUUCACGUCCAGAGCACGCUGUGUCACCUGGCGGCCAAGGCCUUUCUGUUCACCUUCACCCACCACCUCCACUUGCCGGUCAACACCACAGAGGGGAUGGAUGGCGUUCUGGCCCGACGCACCUUCUUCCUGCAGGAGCAGCUGGGCCUGGGAGAGGAGGACAGACAGAUAGUGCUCUACCUCAGCUACCUGAUCACACAGCACUACCUGCACGCCGCUGAUGGCCGCGCCGCAGCAGCGCCUUCUUUUAAUUUCAACUACACCAGCAGCGUUUUAUACAAAAUCUGAUUUAUUUAUUUAUUUUUUCUCUUCAGGGAACCGCUACCCUUUUAUUUUUAAUGGACUAGAGAUGAUCCUGAUCCUGAGGAUGAUCAUUUUAGUUUCAGAUCAAACUGCACUGAUUUUUAUCGUAUUAUCUCUGCAGAGCCGUCUCGUGUGUGUGUAGGAAGCAAGGAAACGGUAUUAUUGGGGUUACAAUGCUGGAUCACUCCCUUCCCAAACACACACAAUAUGUGAGUAGUAGCUCAAUUUUUUUUUUUAUUGUUCUAGAUGAUAUUCACACUGUUUGUGUCCAAGAAUAGCUUUUUUGGUCCGAAACAAACGUGCAUUCUGCUGAUAUUGUGUCCAUGAAACUUCAUUUGCACCAUGUCCACUAACGUUCCCAUUGGCUGUUUCAGCCAUAUAGAAUUGAAUCCACGUGAUAGUGCAUGUCCUGAAAAAUAAGCGGUUACACAAAUAUUCUCCCAACAGCGCCAAAAACUUGGUGACGUGAUCCGCUGUUGAGCAAAACUUCCAAGUUAUUUAACCUUAAUGUAUUGAAUUUCACUGUUGUCUUAAGGUGUGAGUGUUGUGCUGUCAGCAUGAGACCGUUUUGUGCCACCAGUGAAAUAUUGUAAUGUUUUGGGCUUUAUCGUGCGUGAAAGAAAAGUGAGACGGAAUGCUCGGGUUUGGAUGACUGUUGCAUAUUUAUAAAGACCCAAUUUACUGUUGCCUGAUCAGUGGUCUUUGUUGGAUGUCAUCACAAAACUCAUCUGUUGUUUUUAUUUAGUCCAUAAAUGUAUCGUGGAAAUCUGAAAUCAGCCAUUGAAGCAAAGCUAUCUUUUUAAUACAUGUUUUUAUGUGGUGUUGCCAUAAUUCUGUAUCCACUAAUAGUUCUCUACAUGUGACUGCAUGGGUUCAGAUAUCAUGGCGGCGUUUCUGUCACAUUUACUUUGAACAAAUUGAUCUUGGAUGCAUUUUUUUCUGUCUCAAACACUAAUUUCCAUUUUGAGAAUGUCGAAUUUCACUUGCCACUUUUUAACCCCAUUUGCUGCAUGUGCCCUAUUAAAUACACUUCAGCUGUUAUUGCCACUUCUCCCUGUCAUGCAAAAAGAAUGUAAUCUAAGCCAUACCAGUGUGCUUAACGUGUAAACACUCAGUGUCCUUAAGUUACAUCUGCAUCAUGUCUGUAUCACAUCGUGUAUAUUGAUUUACAAGCUUUGAAGUCUUUUUUGCCAUUAAAUUAUUGAAAUUCCAUUAACAUUUUUUGCACUAACGUUUAGGUCACAAAGGAGAUAAAUGAGUCGUCGAGGACCCUUCUCCUGAUACUGAACAACUAAUUCAACAGACAGCUCAUUAAACAUGAAGUGCUCCAAGA